AUGGAGUACCAAAAGGCGAUGCUAGAAAACCUCAUGAGUCAGUAUGUCGAUGUCGACAACAAGGACUUUUGGGAUGAUAGUGUUUGCAAACAUUAUCUUGUAGCGUACUGUCCUUCACAAUUGUUUACAAACACAAAGUCAGAUUUGGGUCCAUGCGACAAGAUCCACAACGAUCGACUGAAGGAACGUUACCAAAAUGCGCCUGAUAAAGAAAAAUACCAUUACAAGGAAGAAUUUCAAGAUUACCUAAACAAGUUGGUCAACGAUUUGGGCCGUCGUAUUCGGAAUGGAAAAGGACGAUUGAACGUCCAAGGUGAUGACAAGUUGGCCGAAUUGCGUAAAGAAGAACGAACGGAAAAGAUUGUUUUGAUAGACGUCAAAAUCAAAGAAAUGUUGCAAAAGAUCGAGGAAGCAGGUGAAGAAGGACGCGUACAAGAAGCAAGUGAUCUGACCACCGAAGUCGAGAAACUCCAGGCUGAAUUGAGUCAGCUGAAAGAGAAUGCGGACGGAAACAAGUCUGAAAAGCGGAUGGAGGUUUGCCAAGUCUGUGGCGCAUUCCUUGUUACUAACGAUUCCUCGGAUCGCUUGGAGGCACAUUACCAGGGUAAGCAACACCAAGGUUACCUCAAGAUCCGUGACACACUUGAACAGAUGAAGCAGCAACAGUCCAAGUCCUAUGGACGCGACAGGGAUUACACACGUGCACGCUACGACUACCGUGAUCGUAGGGAUAGAGAUCACCGUCGAUAUUCUGAUCGCGAGCGUGGAUACCGGGAGCGUGGCGGUGAUGACGGUUACCGUCGCCGCAGUCGUGACCGUCGCAGUACGAGUGUUGGUCACAGCAACAACAACAACAAUGGUAAUGCAACUGGUGGCGGUGGUAACAACAACAACAACAACAACAAUGCGGUUGAUGACGAUUGGGAUCGCGAAGUCGAGCGUUACAGCAGACGGUCUCGCCACUAUGAAGAAGAGUAUCCUGCGCCUCGUCGGUCCCGAUCACGCUCACCGAGACGAAGUCGGUACGAUUAA